AUGACGACGUCGCCCCGAGCCAUGGAGCCCACCGACCUCGAGAAAGGCGGCGAACUCUGCCCUCUUUUGGCCCCCACCCCCGAGCCGGCCGCCUUCCACAGCUUCCCCCACCCCACCGACGACAACAACAACACCGACGACCUCGUCGACGCCGCCAACGAAGCUACGACCGCCUCGCUCCUCACCACCAUCGCCACCAGCACAACCAUCCUCUGCUCCGCCCUCCUCACCUCCCUCUACCGGCACCCGCUGUGGCUGCAGCGCCUGCUCGACCUCUCGCGCAUGCCCUGCUCCCACCCCCAGCACCAGCCCUCGCACUUCAUCACCGAGAUCCCGCGCCCGCUCUUCCUCCUCGCCUGCGCCGCCUUCGUCGCCUCCGCCUCCGCCCUCUACUUCCACCGCCGCGCCCGCGGCGACGCCCACCAGGACGCCCUGCUCGCCGCCGGCGUGCUCAUGGGCGUCACCGCCGGCCUCGGCCUCGGCUUCGGCGUCGAGGACGUCGUGCGCGUCGCGGGCGUGUGGGCCGUCGGCGGCGCGCUGGUCGCCAGCGCCGUCGGUCAUGAGGUCUUGGCUUUGGUCAUUGCCGGCGAGGAGGAAGACGUGUCGGAUAUGGAUGAGAUGGUUGGGAGGAGGGGGAGCGUCAUGUCGGCCGUGGCUGGCGAGUUUGGCGGCGUGUGGAGGGAGAGGGGCGGGAGGUCGUGA